CUCCAUUAUCCACUCGACCCACUCCUCCUCUCUGCUUCCGGCAUCCCCUUCUCCUCCAUCAACGGUGACGACCUCCCUGGCGAACCACUCCUCCAUCGACAGCGAUGGCCUCCUAAGAUAGAGUAGUAGAUCAAGAGGAGGCACCGUCCACGACACCGACAAGGCCAACAAGCUCAAGCAGUCGCCGUCCCCCCAGAGAAGUGAGAUGGCUGGCUUGGAAGGUUUUGAGUUCUUCAAGAUCGUAAUUGAGAAAUCUUGCAGUAGCCAGAGGCUGCCUGACAAGUUUGCGAAGAUGCUCGCCGGCCGUGAGCCCCACAAAGUGAAGCUGCGGGAGGCCGGCAGCGGGCUUCACAGGCUGUGGGAAGUGUUGGUGGUGUUUGAUGGUGAAGGCCACAUGUACCUAGGGCCCGGCUGGGAGCAUUUCGCCCGCGCCCAUGAGCUACAGCUCGGGUACUUCCUUGUCUUCCGCUACGACGGCGACGCCAUGUUCACCAUGAAGAUGUUCGACAACACCAUGUGCCGCAUGUACUACCAGCACGACGACGAUGCCAGCAAUGGGAGCAGCAGCAGGGAUGACGAGGAGCAGAGCAGGGAUCACGAUGAGGAGCGGAGCGGGGAUGACGAGCAGAGCGGGGAUGACGAGGAGCAGCCUAUUCUGGCUGAUGACGAACAUGCUAUGGUGGUGGCUGACGAUGACCCUGCUAUGGUGGUGGCGGAUGACGACCUUGCUAUGGUGGUGGCGGACGACGACCUCGCUAUGGUGGUGGCGGACGACGACCUCGCGAUGGUGGUGGCGGACAGCGAAGAGCCUCUCACCGAGUACGAGAAGGUUAGGGCUAGAAAUAUCAUGAGGAACAAUCGGAUGUUCCAGUCCCUUGGCAUCGGUGCAAUAGCGUCGAUGAUUAGGAAAACUAAUGGUGUACAAGAAGGUAGAAGUGAUGAGUUUCAAGAGGGUAGUGGAGUUAUCAAUGAUGACCCAGAGUACAAUCCUAAGGAGGAUGAAGUUAUUGAUGGAGAGGAAGUGGAUGAUGUUGUAGUCAACAAGAUUGUUAAGGCAAGUUGA